AUGACUAAUAAACAAAAAGACUAUUGGACAAGUUUUAUUUCAGGUAUUGAUUCUUAAUCUAUAAAAAGGUGGUUGUGCUGGAGUUUGUGCCAAAACUGUCAUUUCUCCAUUUGAAAGAAUCAAAUUACUUUAUUUGGUAUUGAUUUGUUAUCAUAUAUACGAUAGACUAGAUCAACUUAAUUCACAUAUAAAGCUGCUAUCCAAGAUGCUAUAUAUGUGUAUCAACAUCACGGUUUCAUCAAUUUCUGGAGGGGUAAUCAAGCUAAUGUGUUAAGAAUAUUCCCUCAAUCAGCUAUUGUAAAUUAUAUUCAAAACAAUAGAAUUUUUCAACAUUUGAUUAUUUAAGAAGUAGAUUUGCUCCUGAUAGAGAGGAUAAGACUAUUAUAAGGAAAAUUAGAUUAUUUUUAUGCGGAUUAACUUCAGGGAUUAUUGCAUAAAGCAUAGCUUAUCCUUUUGAUUUUUUACGAACAAGAUUAGCAAUGCAAAAAGAUGCUUUCUUAUAUAAAAACAUCUAUGAUGCUGCAGUGAAAAUAUAUAAAAUUGAAGGAUUCAUGUCUUUCUAUUCAGGAUUACCUAUAGGAAUUAUAGGAGUAGGAAUUUAUCAUGGGAGUGGUUUCUUCUCAUUUACAUUGAUGAAGGAGUAUCUACUUGAAUAAUAUCCAUGGAUUGCUAAACACAAAAGUACAGAUUUUGCUAUAGGGGCAAGUGGAGCCAUCAUUGCAUAAGUUUUAGCUUAUCCAUUUGAUAUUGUGAAGAAAAGAAUGUAAGGUUAGAAUGUGUUACUCUAAUAAGGAGAGAUCUAAAUGAUGACGUACUUUUUAUUUUAUAAUAAUUUAAGAUCCACAUGGGUACAGAUAAAAACUAUUUAUAAAGUUGAGGGAAUCAUUAAAGGAUUUUACAAAGGAGUAUCACUCAACUUUAUUAAAGCUCCAUUAUCAUCAGGCACUGCUUGGACAGUCAAAAACUCAGUCAACAGGCUACUUAAUAAAAAUUAUGAUUUCUGA